AUGAUAUCUAAAUUUUCUCAAUUAAAUUUUUCUAAAAAUUUAGAAAAAUUUUUCAUUUCUUUUUACAAAAAUAAUUUGAUUUGUCUUUCAGCAGAAAAUGCUUCGAAUGGAUUUUAUAUUGGCAAAAUGAUUAUUGAUUUGGAUGACUCUAAGAAGGGAAUUUCUCACACUUUAAUCCGCAAUUAUCUGUUAAAUGUUAGAAAAAAAAAUAUGAUUUAAGUUAAUAAUUAAUAUGUUCUCUAAUAAACCUAAUUGCAAAGCUAAUAUGAUAAAAUAUUUUCAAGCAGUAUUAAAUACAUUUAAAACGAAUUAACUACUCCAGAUUAAAUUUUAAAUUAAAAUGAUGGCCUCAAUAGCGCAUGCUUAGUUUUGAUUGAGGAUGGAACUGUUAAAUUUUUAACAGAUGAAUAAAGUGUGCAAGACCUUGAAAAUUAAAAAAAGAAAGUUGCUCUUAUAGGAAAGGUUAUCAAUGUAUAGGGAAUGGAUAUUUUAAAUGAAUUGAAAUACUAAAAUUCUAUAGUUUUAAGAAAUUUUGUUCCUUACAAAUAGAUUUUGCUAAACAAGCUAUUGCUCCUACUAUCAGGAUUUGUUGGAUUAAGCAUUAUUUUUGAUUUAACUACAUAUGAUAGAAAGAAAAAUUUGCUAAAUCCUUUAAUUAAGAACGAUGAACAGUAUAAAUAUAUAUUCUAAAUACAAUAAAAAAACCAAAAUUGA